GGAAAACUGCGAAAUCGUAUCGCUGCUCAGUGCAGAAAGUGUAGUUUAAUUUUCGCUUAAAAUUAAUAGUUUUUGUUAAAUUAUAUUUGUGAAUCCAACCUAAAAGUCCACGAAAGUAUACACAGGUCCUCGGAGGACCUACAGCAAUAGACAAAAGAUGGAUGAGGAUUCGAAUCAAAGCUCUCGUAGCAGUAAUCCCCACAUAGAUCUGCAUGACGAAGAAUCAAAACAUCGCGAAUCGGAUUCGCAAAUGACUCUGACCUACGGUGGAUCAGAUUCAGAUCUGAAUGACAAUGAUACGCUCCGUCUGGAGGAUUCCGAUGACGAAGAAGAACAAUGUUCAGCAGAGCAGGAACAACCGAAGGCAGAAUCAGGGACCAUAAAUGAAACUGGUUCGAGCAAUGAUCCUCAAUCGAUAACCGUUUCCCAGGUCGGAAUGGAACCGAGCAAUGGACAGAAUGAGGGUUCAGAAAAGCCGUCGACUUUUGACGAUAGCAAUGACGAGGAGGAUAAAUCCCCAAAUAUCAGAAGUCGUAAAAAGAUUUCACAACUCAUUGAUACCGACUCGGAGGAAGAACAGACUAGAUCGAGUGCUCCCGCCAAAAAGGUAUCCAACAUUAUCGAUAGCGAUGAUGGGUCGGAACAAUCCGACAAAGACCAGUUGAAGAAGCAGAAUGCGGAAAUCGAUGCCAUUGGUGAAAAAAUCGAAACAUCCAUGAGCAGAUUUAAGUCGUUGAUCGACUCGGAUUCGGCUAGUCCGGCAAAUGAUUCGGAUGGUGAAACAAAGACGCAAAAGAAGAAAAAGCUCAAAACGAAGAAAGAACGGGAUCAGGGCAAAACUAAUGCCAAGAAGGGUGAUCCUAAGGAUUUGCUGUCCAGUUUGAACUUAGAUUUUAGCGACGAUGAGAGCCGUCCAGCAGCUUCAGACGGAGAUAACAGCUCUGGAAGCCAAAACAGUGGUAGCGGAAGUGAGACAGAUGAUAGAAGGCAGAAAAAACAUAAAUCCAAGAAUAGUUCACAUGACAAGCCGCAACGAAUGUCUGCCAAAGCAGCGAUGGAGCAGAUGCAAGUCAUACAAAGCGAAUCACAACGCAUGGCCCGAGAAGCGGCUAUUUCAGUCCCCUAUCACCGUCCUAAGCAGCAUACGCUUCAAGAAUUCCUAAGCCGUAGAACAAUACUAAAACCAGUGGUGAGCAAAGCAUCCGCAGCAAAUGUGUCAAUGGGACGUAGAAAAGCUGCCGCGGCCAUAAAAAUGACCCCAGAACAGUUGGCAGCCUAUGCAAAACAACUGGAAGAACGUGAGAAGGAAGCAUUGGAGUUCUUCAAAAGCGAAAGCGAUGAAGAUACGAACGAACAAGAGAAACCCGAAAAGGGCGAACAACCUGAUGUCGAAAUGAAACCCGCAGAAGAAGGAACACCCAUUGACAAAGCGAUGGUACCUGCCAGCUCUGAAGGAAACAAGCAUGAUACAAAUGAUCCCGUUUCAACCGAAGGUGAUGUGAUUGUGAAUGCAUCAAAUGGUGAUGAACCAGCUUCGGUGGCAAUCGCGCCAAUGGAUACUGAACUAGUCGAAAGCCUUCGAGUAUCAGAUACGGAGGACGACGCUUUGGACGCUCUCGUCAAUAAAACAAGCGAAAACGUGGAAUCGCUUUUGGCUUCUCAAGUGGAGCCUGAAAACAUACAAGCACCGGCAGACAAUGAACCUGUUGCUGGACCAAGCAAUCAAAAGCCGGUAAUUGAUUACGACCCGUUCCCGGAACCAACGCCUUCUAAACUGGCACAGAUAAAGGCAGAACUUUUGAUGGAAGGUUCGUUCAAGGCAUGUCCAGCACUUACAGGCGAUCCGGACAUGAUGAUUGAUUUGGACACGGGAGACGUCUUGCCAAAAACGCCUUCAGGACCUGAAUUGCUUCUUCAACGCUUUGUGAAAUGCAGUGGGAAAAAGGCACACAAAGCUACCAGUGUGGACAUUCUCAGCACCGACAAAGGAGUGGUGGAAAUGAAUACGGUAAAGCUGGAUCUGGAGCAAGAAGAGCGCGAUCCAAAUGGAAAAGAGCCAGUUCCGGGUGCAGCUUACAUGAAACUUAAACAAAGCUUGUGGGAAAAGAUGGAACAAGCGCGACGAAACAGCCUUUUAAAGAAACAACAAGAGACGCAAUCGGUGAAGAAGAUCGAUGACGACGAGGAGGAUGAGGAAGAAGCAUUGAUUGCCGAUGGCGGACUAGCUGAAGAUGAUGAUGAGGACGAAACAGAAUGCAACGAUAAUGAUGAUGAUGAUGAAGAGGAAGUUAGUAAGAGUAAGCGAUGUGACCUGCUUGACGACGAAGCGGAAGUAGACGAAGAUGACGAAGAAGACGAUGGGGCAUUGGUAAAUCAAGCAGCUGAGUGCGAAGAAUCGAAUGAAGAAUCAAGCGAUGAAGACAGUGAGCAAGAAUCCAAAGACGAAUCUGCCAUUCCUGAUAAGGAGAAAAGAAAGAGCCGAAUCAUUGCAGCAUUUGAAGAUUCAGAUGAAGAAGUUCUAGAAAAAGAAUCAAAGGCGAAUGAAACGAAGACUGUAGAAAGAACGACUACCGAGGAAUUGUUUUCUACUCUAGAAGGUAAUGAGAAAUUCACUCUCUCCGAUCGUAACAAUCUCGAAACCGGCGAAAAUAUGACGCUACUAUGGAAGGACACUGAAGAACAGGAAUCUGCUAAUGCCCAUGCGGAUGAUGAAGACCUCUUAGCAUUGUGUUCCGGCCGGUUCGAAGCAACGCAAGCUCGUCCACCGCUAUCGAACUCCGAGUCAAUAGCCACUACCCAAGCAAUGACGACUCCUUCCGAUUUUAUCCUCACCGAAAGUGAUCGCAUGACGGCAGAAAGUGAGCAACCUAUUACAACUGCUGCCCUUUUUACACAGCAUGGCAAUCAACAGGUUGACGAUGGUGAGUUGAUAGCGCUCUGCUCGGGAACGUUUGCUACUCAGCGACAAACGUCAGACCUUGAGGCAGAACAACCUCUACCAUCAGAGGUGACCACCAAUGGAAAGUUGGUCAUAGCUUCUUCGGACGAGGAAAAUUUACAACAAGACGAGGAAGAAAAGACGAAAAAGAAACGUAAACGACGAAAGCUCAAUAUAUCAGACGACGAAGAAAGUGAAAUGGAAUCCGAGGCGGAUGAAAUCGGUGAUGCAGACGAUGGAGAAGUGGCAGAGGAUGAAGACGAGCCAGAACGGUUCGUGGACUACGAUUCGGAAGAGAAUGAAGUCGAAGUAGUGCUGACCAAGAAGGACAAAGAGAAGGUGGCCAAAACUUUUGUGGAGAAUGAAGCCGAACUGUCGGAGUCGGAAUGGGGCAGCGCGGAUGAGGACGAAAAGGAUCUCGAUCGGUACGAUAUUGAGCUUGGUGACGAGGAAAAGUUCGAUCAAGAAAAGUUGCAGGAAGAGUUGGAGCGGAUCCAUAUGCGGAGGAUAUUGGAGCAGGAUAAAAAAGAGGUGAAGACAUUGCAGGACAUGUUCUUCGAAGAUGAAGAGAAAGAUGGCGUAGGUCGAGAGAGGCAAUUCCGAUGGCGCAAUGUGGAAACAACUUUUACUUUGGAUUACGAUAACAAGGGAAAAGAUGAACAGAAGGCCGAGGGCGAAGAAAGUGACGGUGAGACGGAGGCUCAGUGGCGCAAAAUGAGAUUUGAACGCGAGAUGUUGCUUAAGGAGAAAAAAAUCGAUUUGGAUUCGAUUGAUUUGAGUGGGUCACUGGGAGAUCAAUCUGUCCAGGAGGACGUGGAGAAUAAUCCCAUUGCUGAUAAUCAAUCCACGUUGGUGAUGAAGCGGAAACUAACUGUUGUUCGACAGAUAAAGACUGUUGAAGCCAGCAAUAAACCGCAAGAAUCCUGUUUUCUAAUUAAACAGUCUACAAGUUUGCUGGGCAACAGUAAAGCAUCCUUUUUAACGCGCGAUUCAGAAACACUCAAACGGCUGGCCAAUUUAGCCAAAGUAAACCCGGAAACCGAAGGACUCAAUACAGCCACGGCAGGAAAAGGUAGAAAUUUCGUGUUCACCGCCGUCAGCCCAGCUGUGGAUAAAAUGGGAUCCAAACGCUCAUCGGAUGCCGCAGAACUCAAUGAAUCAAAUAGCAGUGCUAAAAAAGUGAAAACGACUGACGAGUCCCCAAAGGCGGAAAGCAAAAAAAGGCUGCUACUAGCACAGCUCAUGUAGAUAAGAAUUUUGAUCUAUUUGUACAGAAUAUAUAAAAUAUAAGUUAAUUA